AAUUGUCAAACGGUCUUGAUAUUUUUCCUAGAGCGACAGAAAAAAAUCAAAAAUUAAUGAUAAUCAUCUUUACCAACGAAAUGAAAUAAACAAACCGUGUUUUUCAGCGUCAAAUAUACCGUUCCAUAAUAAAAAUGAUUCAGCUACAGCGAUAAUCGUGUUCUAUCAUGAAUUUAGAUGGCCCUUUAUCUUGACAGCGAUAAAUCCAAAAGGAAAACAAAGCCAUAUUUUGUGUGCAAUAUAAAGUUAUAAAAUGUUUUCAAAAUCUAUUACCAGUAAAGAUACGUUUUUAGAACAGACAAAAGCGGCCAGGGAAGAGCGGGCACUCGAAAAAAAGCGAGAACAAUCUGCAAUUAAAAUACAGGCAAUAGUUCGUGGUUGGCUCGCCAAACAGAAAUUCAUCAAACUUAUUUUAAAUGAUUUUGACCAACUCUUACCGGACUUGGUUAGUCACAGCUCUCAAGAUGAACACCAGCAACCGGAACUAGUACAGGCACUGGACGUGUACAGGGUAGCAUGCCGUCUCUUUCUCGUGUUUAAAAAUCAGAGGGAUAGGAAGAGGUUCGAGAAACUCUGCAAGUAUAUUGUACAGAGUCUCCAUUCGGAAUCUGUUAAAAUAUCUUACGUUGGCGUGUUUUUAAAUAAGGAGUACAGCUUACGAUGGAUAUCUCAUAUAAAGGACUUAUUAUACAAAUGUUGUCAAUUUCUCGAAGAGUUGAAACCGGAAUCUCCUAUAGAUAUGCAGGGUAUACUCAUUCACCUCCAUACGUUGCUAGCCUUCACAGCUACAAACACCUGGGCAUUGACCAGACUCAAAAACUUUGAGAAGCUCAGAGGAGGGAUGACGCAACUGUGUGCCAAUGUCAUGGGAUCACUCUUCCAUAGAGGAUAUUACUUAACAUUAAAGUCCCUCCUCCUCCGCGGUCUCUGUCGUGAGAAAGUGUGUUUGAAGAAUAUAGCACUAACAGCGAUUGUGACGCUGGCCUUACGUCCUCUCGUGUCGGCUCAGUUCUCUGAGAAGCUGCUGACGAUGUACAUCAUACAAAUAUUAUCAGUGCCUACACUUGUCUUCCACAUGCAACAGAUAUCGCCUGAGUCUAUGGCAGCGUUCAGAACGCACUCGAUGUUCGACAAAUGCGUAGACUUUUUAAGUGCGGAUCAAAACAUGCGUAUUGUAUUUAAUACGUUGGAAGGUAACUACGCUCUGUGCCUUCUCGCUAACCUGAUACAGCUGGCCUAUUCUGAGCGAGAACACGCACAACCUGGAACAUACUACCCUACGUUUGUCCUUGUUGUGACUCGUUUCCUAGACAGCUGCCAACAGUAUGUCGUAUGCAAGAAAGGGAACCUCAGUAACUGGCAUCCGGUCCUGGGCUGGUUUUCCCAGAGCUUCGACGCCUACCUUCCCCCGGCGAUGGGGAAUCUCAGGAGUCAGCUGUCUCUGUUGUGGGGAACACCCAUGUUGAAAAAGCUUCUCGGUGUGCCGCUAAAGGAGAUGCUGGAUGCAGGGAUCACUGGAGAGGAAGGUGCUGGACCGUCGCAGCCGUCGACACCAGUGCAGACUAGUAACCCAGCAUCGUUCAUCCGGAGAGCGAUCGAAGCUAGAACCAAUAGAGGUAACUCCAGCAAGAACUUCAGGAAGCUAGGAUCACCUGACUGCACUAAAGUCGCUCUUAUAUGUUCGAUGUAUCACACAGCUCUACAGACAAUGUCUCAAGUUAAACUGGACAUAUUAACUGGGCUCUGCAAUCAAGACGAAAUCCUGUACUCUCUCUGGCAGUUCCUCUGUACGUUAGGACCUAACAGCGGAUUGAAGGCUUUCCUGGAUCUGUUAGCUCUGAACACGAAGGCGUCUGCGCCCGAGUUUCAAAUGCUCGUCUUGUUCUCCGAUUGUAUGACGCACUACGUAACAAUAUUGGACGAUAUGGAAAUGUAUGAAAAGCAAGAUCCUUUCAAAUUGCAAGAUUUCGUCAAUAUGUCACAAUUUUUAAAUAUGUUCAUAUACAAAUCUAUCAUAGGACAAUUGUUCGAGCUGAAGACGCUGGCGCACAACGCGGUGUUCUCGUCGCUGCACACGCUGCUGCUGGCGCUGUACCGCCGCGACUGCCGCCGCGCCUUCGCGCCGCAGCAGCACUGGCUCGUGCGCGACAUCCGCGACUCGCAGUUCAUGGCCGACCUCGAGAAGGGCAAGAAGCCGCAGCAGGUCCUCGUUCAAAAGACGCCUCACAUGAUCGCGCACGGUGAACGAGUCAGAUUGUUUAGGCGAGCUGUAGCCGACGAGAAGGUGGUGCUGGGGCUGACGGAGCGCGCGUGCGGCGGCCGCUCGACGCUGGUGACGGUGCGGCGCACGCGCCUGGUGGAGGACGGCUACCGGCAGCUGGCGGCGCUGCCCAGCCGCGCGCUGCGGGGCGUCGUGCGCGUGCGCUUCAUCAACGAGCAGGGCCUCGACGAGGCCGGCAUCGACCAGGACGGCGUCUUCAAGGAAUUUCUCGAGGAGACGAUAAAGCGUGUUUUCGAUCCGUCUCUGAACCUUUUCCGGGUGACAAGUGAGGAGCGAUUGUAUCCAUCGCCGACGUCGUGUCUACAAGAAAAUCACCUUCAACUAUUUGAAUUUAUCGGACGUAUGCUUGGAAAGGCUGUUUAUGAGGGUAUAGUAGUGGACGUGCCGUUCGCUUCGUUCUUCCUAAGUCAAGUGUUAGGCCAGACACAACAAGCGCUCUACAGCUGGAUCGACGAGCUGCCGUCCCUCGACCGAGAUCUGUACCGCAGUCUCACCUAUAUUAAACAUUUCCAGGGGGAUAUCUCAAGUCUAGAACUAACGUUUUCGGUUGACGAAGAAAGAUUGGGAGAAAUUGUCACACAUGAGCUCGUACCCGGAGGAAAAGCUAUACCCGUCACUAAUGAAAACAAAAUUAAUUACAUACAUCUAAUGGCACAUUUCCGUAUGCAUACUCAAAUUAAAGACCAGACGAAUGCCUUUAUUAAAGGAUUUAGGACGAUUAUAAAUCCAGAGUGGCUCUCCCUGUUUUCCACACCUGAGCUGCAGCGGCUGAUCAGCGGCGACAACGUGCCGCUGGACCUGCGCGACCUGCGGCGCCACACGCAGUACUACGGCGGCUUCCACGACUCGCACCGCGUGGUGUGCUGGCUGUGGGACGUGCUGCAGCGCGACUUCAGUGAGCACGAGCGCGCCAUGUUCCUCAAGUUCGUCACAUCAUGCUCGAAACCACCGGUUCUUGGAUUUGCACAUUUGAAGCCUCCUUUUUCAAUCCGCUGCGUAGAAGUCGGUGACGACGAAGACACGGGUGACACUAUAGGCAGCGUAAUACGCGGUUUCUUUACAAUAAGAAAGAAGGAUCCAUUAAAUCGGCUGCCUACUUCGUCAACGUGUUUCAAUCUACUUAAACUACCAAAUUAUCAGAAAAGGAGCACGCUUCGAGAUAAACUUCGAUACGCUGUUAACAGUAACACUGGUUUUGAACUCUCAUAGUGUAUACGCAAAUGUUUGUAUAUUCUUCCUUUAAUAAUCGUGUUUAGUGCACCCUUAGAAAAAAUAUAUUUUAAAUUAUUUUUCUUAAACACUCUUUAAAACGUUUCUUAUUACAACUUAAAUCGACUGUUUGGUUUCAAAACCUAUUACAAAUAUUUUUUUAGGUAUAACAACGAAUAAAGAUUUUUUUAUAUAAUAUAUAUAUUUACUACAAUAUCAAUAAAUAUUUAAAUGAUAUGUCUUUUUACACAUAUAAUAUAGUUACUUCCUUUAUUUAUGACCUAUGAAUGAGGCCAAAAUGGUUUGUUACUAGGUUUUGAAAUUGAACAGAAUUUAUGUGCAAUAUUUUUUUAAAUAAAGUGAUCAACUUUUAAGCACGUAAAUCAGACGAAAAAUAUAAAGAAAAUUAAAAAUAAAAUUAAACCCGUUAAUUUUUAUAACGCAUUAAUAGCAGUGUAUGAAACCAUUACCAUGGAAAAUAGUUUUUGAUCUCUUAAUCUAGAAAUACGUACAAAUUAUUGUUAAUGUUUAUACACUUUACAAUGUCAUGCUGUGUUAUACGAAUUAUGUACCAAAAAUUAAUAUAGGCUUUUCAUUUGCAAGAAAAAUAUAACAAGACUCAUUAAAGUAUCACAAGAUCUCAUUAUAUAGUAAACCGUGUGACUAUGAAAUCAUUGUUUCAUGUUCAUAUCAUGGAUUUAAAUAAUUACAUUCAAAGAAAAAUCCAUGCGUAAUUGAAAACUAUUGCGAAUAUUCUGGCCAGUGACUAUGGUUGUUUUCAAAUUUCGAAUGUGUGACUUCGCAUUUACCUAUGUGCACUGGCAAUAUUUCCAUUUAAAUGUGUUACCGAACUACUUCAUUUGCUUCUUUCCUUUUUGUAAUUGCAUCGUUAAUAAUUCGAAAUUCAAAACCAUGAUUGACCUCAGUUACUCUUUUGUUUCUUUACAAGCAAUUAUUUCUAAUUGAAACUUCAAAAUAUUCAAUGAAUUAAAUUGUUGUAGAAUGUAUUUAAUUAUGAUUUAAAAUAUAAAUUUUCAUUAUUUAUUACAUAAUUAAUAUUAAAGGCCAGUAUUUAACCGAAGAAAAGAAUAAUAAACUAUGUGACGUUAUGAUAAAUGGCUAUUUAAAAGAAAUAUGAGUCGAAAUAAACCUCUUAAAUAUUUUCUCAUCGUAGAGGUUUAAGGAAACGAAUUUUUUAAAAAAGGAUUCAGUCCUGUCCAAAAAGUAGGUGUACAUAGACAAUAACACUAAAUUAAUGUAAUAAAUUCGUAGUGAUGUCUGUACAUUAAUAGUUUGGAACAUAUUUUAAAGUUUUACUACAACGGAAACAAUUUCAAUAUUUUGGGAAUUGUUAUAUACCACUUUAGUUUGAAUACAAAAUAAAUUAUGUAUUUUGGAUGUGAACCUAAACUUGCAUACUUAAGACUAUUUAAAUAAAAAAAAAAAAAUGUUAAAAAUCUUACACAGUAAUAAUAACGUUUCACCGUUUAUGUUUUACUGUUAUAUAAUAAAAGUUCAUUAAAGUUUUCGAAAUAUCUGUAAAUAAUAUCACAUAGUUUUUUUAAUGGACUUAAGUGAAAGGAGAUAAUUUUAGAAUUAUAAUCGUAUACAAAAUAUAGAACGUAUGGAAUGUGAUUAUUUUUAAAUACAAAAGGGUUUAAAUUUUUAAUUUUUAUUGCAUAAAAAGAGCAUUCAUCUUGUAAAUAAUGUAUUUUUAAAGUCAUUCUUAUCUCUUGCACCAUAUUAUGGAAUUGAUUGUGUUUUCGGCGUUUAAUGUAUAAAACCUUUAGUUAAUACUAUAAUUAAAAUAUUAUUGUAAUGCACUUAUAAAUAACUUUAACCCAUUAUAUUGUAACCCACAGAUAAGCAAUCCAAAUCUUCCAACCAAUUAGGAAAUAGGCAUAUAUCUACAAUUAUUUCUUUAUUUAUCUUUAUGAAAAUGUUAUUCAUAUAAUAAUACUAGAACAGCAGUUUCUUUUUUAAAUGUUGUCUUUAAAAAACUGUAAAUGUAAACAUAAAACAAAACUGUAGCGUUAGAUACAAGUUUUUAUUUUUAUUUUUAGAUGGCAAAUGACCUAUCUGAUGGGUCGUGGUAACCAUUGCCCAUAGACACUGGCUUUGUUUUAAAAUAUAACCGCUCCUUGCACCAUGAAUUUUGCACUUACUAUGGAAUCUUAAACAUGUGACUUUCGUGUCCUUAAUUACGCUAAGAUAGCACAAUAACAAAAAUGUAUGUCGGUUUGGUGGGAGAAUAGAUAGUCUGUGAGAACCAUUCAAACGGGCUCGCAUAAACCAGCGAACAGUACCAACGGUACAAGUACGGUAACAACAACACUACAACCAUCUGUUUGUUUAUCUGGGUAUCCACUUGUACAGCUGAACAUUAAAGAGUAUAUAUACUCUGGAUAAUAAAUAUUCUAAAAAGAAUAUUUACAAAUUACCUCCAUGCCCAAGUGAACGACUAACGGAUGUUCAGACUUCAAUAAGAAAUUUAUUAUUUACAUUAUAAUACAACAAUAAAUAACGAUAUCAACUCUUGCUAAUUACAGCCGUACAGAUAAUAAAUUCAUAGCAAAUAUUGUCUUAAAAAAAGAUUCUGACGUCUAAUCUGAUCUUGCAAUAAAUUACACUCGUUUGAAUUUUAGAAAUGUUUAUAUAUAAUAAUAAAUAUCUACGUUUUGUUAUUAUUUUCGUGCAAUUUUUUUCGAGCCCUAAUGUAAUCUUCUAUAUUUUGUAUUAAAUAAAAUUGUUGAGCUAAAAAUAAUAUAGUAUUUUGUAGUUGUGUGUAGAUUUUCACUGGUAAUUUAAGUAUUUACUAAUAUUAUUCUAUACAUCUAUUUAGAUCAUUGUAAGAAAUAUUUUGUACUAGCCACGUAAAUAUGUUGUAUAACACAAUGUGAUUCUCUGUGAUAAAAUAAUUGAUAUUUA